AACAAAAUCAAAUCUAGGGUUUUUACAGUCAAACAUAUACGCUCGCAGCCGGCCUGUUUCAAAGCAUCAGCACUCUGCUCCGAGCCUCAGGCCUCCUCUUCGCAUAAGAAGAAGAAGAAGACCUAAACAUGCCGAAGCAAAUCCAUGAAAUCAAGGAUUUCCUUCUAACGGCAAGGAGGAAGGAUGCUCGUUCGGUUAAGAUCAAGAGGAGUAAGGAUGUUGUUAAGUUCAAGGUUCGUUGCUCCAGGUACCUCUAUACUCUGUGUGUAUUUGACACUGAAAAGGCUGACAAGCUGAAGCAAUCUCUUCCACCAGGUUUGAGUGUGCAAGAUUUGUGAAGAAGAUGGGCGAAGUUAGAAAGCUUUGGAAGUAAUGAGUUUUGAGAGUUGGAUUUUAUGACUUGGUUUUUAUGUGGUUGAAAUGGCAUGUCUUGAGCUACUUGAUGACAGUUAUCUUUCUAGGAGUUUUACCGGUUGAUUAUUAUAGACGCGGGUUAUUUAUAAUUCUGGUUUAACGUUGAUUAAUGUUUGUGUGGAUAUUCAUCAGUUGGAAAAUCCUCCUGGUGAGAGGUUUUAUUUAUGUUUGGAGAAAUCUAUUAAAAAAGUGAAGCAUCUUA